AUGCUUGGACUGAAGAUACUUCCAUUUCUGUUCUUACUUCACACACAGCUUGCUAAGGGCUCUCCAGUACAUUCAGAACAUGUGGAGGAUGAAAAUGCAAAAAUUGUUGAGAAUUACCUGAGAAAGUUCUACCACUUAGCAAGCAACCAGUAUCAAUCUUCACAGAAGAGCAAUACUAAUGUGAUUGUUGAAAAGCUUAAAGAAAUGCAACGAUUUUUUGGGUUGCGUGUGACAGGGAAGCCAGAUGCAGAAACUCUGGAGAUGAUGAGAAAGCCACGCUGUGGAGUGCCUGAUAAUGGUGAUUUCACGUUAACCCCAGGAAACCCCAAGUGGAAAAACACGAACUUGACCUACAGGAUUAUAAACCAUACCCCACAGAUGUCGAGGGCUGCAGUGGAAACAGCCAUUGAGAAAGCCUUUCACGUCUGGAGUGUGGCAUCACCCCUAACCUUCACCAAGAUCUCACAGGGAGAAGCAGACAUCAAUAUUGCUUUUGUUCCAAGAGACCAUGGUGACAAUUCCCCAUUUGAUGGACCCAAUGGAGUCCUUGCUCAUGCCUUUCAACCAGGCCAGGGCAUUGGAGGAGAUGCUCACUUUGACUCAGAAGAAACAUGGACUCAAGAUUUCAACAAUUACAACUUGUUUCUUGUGGCUGCUCAUGAAUUUGGCCAUUCCUUGGGACUCUCUCAUUCAACUGAUCCUGGUGCCUUGAUGUAUCCCAACUAUGCUUUCAGGGAACCCAGCACCUACUCACUCCCUCAAGAUGACAUCAAUGGCAUUCAGAAUAUCUAUGGACCCUCAAACAGCCCUAUCCAACCUACUGGGCCAAGCACACCGACAGCCUGCGACCCCCACCUGACAUUUGAUGCCAUCACCACACUCCGUGGAGAGAUAUACUUCUUUAAAGACAAGUACUUCUGGAGACGCCAUCCUCAGCUGCAUCAAGUCGACCUCAACUUUAUCUCUCUAUUCUGGCCAGCCCUGCCCAGUGGCAUUCAGGCUGCAUAUGAAGACAUUGAUAGAGACUUGGUUUUCCUAUUUAAAGGUAACCAAUACUGGGCUCUGAGUGGCUAUGACAUUCAGCCUGGUUACCCCAAGCAUAUAUCAAACUUUGGCUUCCCAAGCACUAUCCAAGCAAUUGAUGCAGCUGUAUACUACGGAGGCAAAACCUACUUCUUUGUAAAGAACCAGCUCUGGAGAUAUGACAACCAAAGGCACUCUAUGGAACCAGGUUAUCCCAAAACCAUCUCAAGUACCUUUCCAGGAAUAGGAUGCAAAGUUGAUGCAGUUUUCAUGCAGAAUUCCUUAUUCCUUUUCUUCAGUGGACCAAGAUAUUAUGCCUAUGACAUCACUGCUCAUAGGGUCACUAGAGUUGCAAGAAGCAACUUAUGGCUCAACUGUAGAUAG